AUGCAUUUUGGCUGGGCAUAUGAUGGCGUUAAUGGUUCUGUACCUCGUAAUACUGGCUCAGAGUGCGCAGAUUAUCUUUCACCCAGUCGUAAGCUGAUAGAGACAGUUAUAUUAAUACCACUCUGCUUAAUCGCAAUCAAGUGGUCUGUCGGUCGGCUGAAACCUAUGAAUUACCGGCAACCAGAUAGAGCUACUGGUGCUCCGCAGAGUGUGAACAGGCUUCUCAGCAGCAGUAACCAUAAUCUGCAACACAUACAUUACCAGCGCCAUCCCCUUGAAUCGGAUCCACGGGAUCUACUAAUGCCUCAUCACCGGGAAAGAUCAUUCUCUUCAGCUUCGAUCGCUAGUGGAAUAAUGGACGAUUUUCGCUGUCAGCGAUGUAGCCAACCAAGUACAAUAUCGGAACGAGGCACAAACAUUUACGGGGAAAUCCUCGCGCCUAGUUGGGGAAAGCAGUUUCUACUCGUAACAAUGACGCUCACAUUGGGUGUUGAGCUAGGUUUUAAAUUCGCAACUAGGACUGUUAUCUACAUUUUAAACCCUUGUCAUAUUACUACAAUCAUUCAAAUAUAUCUCUUGGCUUGCAAUAAACCAACAAAGAGUAGCACAGUGCUCUUUCGUCUUCAAAUGAAUUUUUUGAAUGGACCGUUACUAGCAUUCAUGUUUCCCGAAACGGAUAGUCGUCAGUUACCGCUAGAAGCAUCAAUCUACUGGAUUCAACAUGCUCUCAUGUGUAUUAUACCCAUUUUUUUGCUCAAAACAGGAGGAGUAUACAAUAUGGAGCCUUUGAACGAUUUUACUUGGAAUAUAAUGGGUUACGCAACUGUUAUAAUCUAUCAUUUCGGAGUUCUGCAAGCUGCAGCCACUCCUGUUCAAGUGAACCUAAACCAUAUGCUGUGCCCAGCUCUAAAAGAUCCCUUCGAAGGACCUAAUUAUAGAAUAUACGCCGUAUUUCACGAAGCAAUUUUAUGCACACUUCUUUGCAAGCUUAUAACUUUUAUGUUUAGGCCAAUGCCGCCACCAGUCCUAACCAAUUCACCGUUCAUUAAAAAUGGACCUCCGGGCGAUACAACUCCAAUAAUUUCAGCGUCUUCUAUGGCUUCUUCUACAUCGCUUCCGCCGCAUCUAAUUUCAUCGUCGCGUCCCUCAUCCAGAUCAUCAUCACCAGCUAAAUCUGCUUCGCUGCUACAGGAGAAUAACAUAAUCAUAAAAACGAGCAAGAUUGAUUAG